AUGCCCGCGGUGCAUCGUAACGGCCGGGCUGUUGCAGCGCAAGAGAAACCAGAUCAGUCACAGCAAAUGACACAUACAUCCAUGCACUCUACACGGCAGAGGCCUUCGGCCUACCUCCUCCUCGUUUAUCCUGUUGUCCUCGCACUGGGCUCUCUCUUCGCCUUCCUCUCCCCAGUUGCCAGUCCUCCCCCCGCCGAAUCACUCGCUCCAGGAAUCACAUCCGACCUCAACGUUCCGCACUUCCAUUCGACGAACUACUUUGCCGGCAAGCGCAACAUAAUCAACGUAUAUUUUGUGAAGUUCGGUUGGUUCUGGACCACCCUUGCCUUUCUACUGCUCCAAAUCGCUACCCGACCGCCGCCAGCUAGUGCACUGAAACACUACGCACAGUCGACUUUACGCUAUGGUCUGGUUACCAUUUCAUGGUUUCUAACAACGCAAUGGUGUUUUGGUCCUGCGCUUGUCGAUCGAAGUUUCACCAUCACUGGCGGUCACUGUGAGCCUCAACUGAUCAACACCACUGGACUGAAAGACGCACUUGACAUGACCAUGAUUGCAUCAGGCCCGGCAUGUAAAGCUGCAGGUGGAGCAUGGCGCGGUGGACAUGACAUAUCAGGCCACGUAUUCAUGCUGGCGCUUUCCUCGGCCUUUCUGCUGUACGAGAUAUACAUCGCAGACCGGGACUCUGCGCAUCCGUCCGUUUCGCCUCGAGCCGCUGCGGCAUUGGCUCAUGAUAUGACCGAGGAGGAACGCAAAGCAGUAGGGGGGUGGGAGUCAGAGUCAGUGGCGAUGGUGCGAAUAUGGUCGAGAUAUUUUCUGUAUGCGGUGGUUGUGCUUGACUUUUGGAUGCUGAUGAUGACGGCGAUUUGGUUUCAUACGUGGACCGAGAAACUGAGUGGGCUGCUCAUUGCAGCGGGAACGAUAUGGGGGACGUACUUCACGGGUGAUUUCCUCCCACAGUGGAGGGAGAUCGUGGGUGGAAUAUGA